AUGAAAAAAUUACGAGAAAAAACUUAUGGUAACAAGGAAACUUUUAUCAAAAAAAAAGUGCAACAAAAUGACAUUGAAUUGCGUCAAAAAGAUUUGUUAACAGAGCUUUUCAUACUAAAUUCACUGCAAAAGUACUUCCCGGAUGUUGGAAAAGAUAUAUGUGAGAAAAUUUCAGCGUCUGAUGAACUAAAGAUGUUUUUGGCUAAAAAUAGUCUUAUGAAUGGCUCAAAAUUCGAUGCUUCUACACUUAAAACAUAUGUUUUUUCUGAAGAGAAUUUACCUACUCCAUUAAAAGAUUCUGAAUCAUCUGAAAUAAUUAAUAAUUCUUCAGUUGAUAUUUUAUCUCAAAAUUCUGAAAAAAUAAAAACAAACGGUUUUUCUGGAAGAUUAAAACAUAAAACAAUAGAUGAUCAUCUAGAAUCAAUUUCUCCACAUAUAACUACUCAUUCAGCUUUAUAUAAUUCAGAUCACACAUCUCCGCAUAUUCAGAAGUAUAUGUUAGGUCAUCAACAAAAUAAAACUAAUCGUAUUGAUAUGUUAUCAUGGUUAAUACAAACAUCUACUAUGCCAAUGUAUAAACUUAUGCAAAGUUCAAGCAAAAUCAUUGUUACACGAGAUUGGAACUCUGCAUUGAUAGAAACUAGGUUUAUAAAAGUUCUUGAGCGUAUUAAUAAAUUGAAAGAGAAUAAUUCUUGGAGCUUUCGACAAAUGAUAAAACAAAAAACACCAUCGAGGUUGAAAGCUCACUGGGAUUUUAUGUUAGAUGAAAUGAGAUGGUUACAAGUUGAUUUUAAAGAAGAAAGAAAAUGGAAAAUAGUUUUAGCUAAACAAAUGGUUAAUUGGGUAGUAGAAUGGCACAGGAUAAAAGCUAUGUCAGGUAUUUAUACUCAUAUUGAUUUAAUUAAUUCUUAUACUUUGUUUUUAGAAAAUGAAGAACAUAAUAUAAUUAAUCCUAAUUUUUCAAUUAAUUUAUCCAAAAAUGAACUAGACUCACAGCGAAAUCUACAUAAUCAAGAUAAGAAGAAUAUUAAGAAUACAAACUCUGCUAUGAAAGCUUAUAUGAAAAAUAAUUUUUCUAAAAACAUUGUUAUGUUACAUUCAUCCCCAUCAUUUAUUAUAGAAAAUGCUGUACAAUUAUUGGAAAUUCCUCCGGAUAAAAUUAUUGCUACGUUUUCAAAUUUUUCUCUUACUUCAAAUACUUUAUUACCAGAACUUCCUGUUUAUCUACCACCUAUACCUGAAGAUAUAUUAUAUUAUGAUCCAUUGGAGGAAAUGAAGAUUAUUCCGCUUUCAAAAUAUACACAAUCACGUAUUAAAAUAUCACAUUCAGACAAAUUUUUUAAAAAAAGGAAACGAGAAAUGUCUCCUAUUCCUAUAGAUGUUGAUGAUAUUCCUGACAAACAACGAAUUAUAAUUAAUGAUUUUUCACUUGCAAAUUCUCAAACAUCAAAUCUACGAAAAAAAUCAUCAUAUCCUUCUCAACUACGUCCUCCUAAUAUGCCAUUAAAUUCCGAAAAUCGUAAACCAAUAUGGACAUCAGAUGAAGACGAUCUUUUAAUGACUUAUCUUCCAAAAUACCAAUUUAAUUGGGAAUUUGUUGCUCAAACUUUAACACCAUCAAUAAAGUGGGUUUCUCCAUUGGAAAAAAAAACUGCAUGGGACUGUUUUGAACGAUGGGCUCAACUAGAUCCUCAUGCUUUAAAUGUUACUUUUGUUGGCCCUUAUGCUAAAACAGCAUAUGCAAAAAUUGAGCCUAUUUUAAAAAAUACAAAGACAAAUAAUUAUGGAGGAAUAUUUCGUUUGAAGAAAGAUGUUGGGAAUAACCAGCAAAAUUUUAAAUUUAAACGACAACGCCAAUUUAACAUGUUUGAUGCUAUAAGGAAAACUAUGAAAAAGAGAGAAGUCUCCCAGAAAUUGAAUGGCCCAUCCAAAAAAGUGAACAUUCUAAGCCACGAUACUCAUGGAAUAACUCAUAAACCUUCUAUGGCAGCACCAACACCUUUAGAUCUUUCACGACUUAAACAUGAAAGAGAUCAGGUUAUCACUCAGGCAUAUAUUCGCCAAAGAAAUGCUGUUGUUGCUCUUGCACUGCAAAAUCAAGCUCGUUCAUCUGGACGAUCCAAUUUGCCUGGAAUGAAUCCUACUCCUCAACAAAUAGCUCAAAUGCAGUCUGUCCAUUCUCAAGUUAAUACACAGAAUUGUGCACAAGGCGUAUCACGAGCUAUUCCUUCUAUGGUUAAUGGCUUAAGAUUUACACGAUCUGUUCGUCCUUCUAUAUCUAGUCAAACUUCUCCAAAUCCUGUUGGUAUUGCGCCUGUCUUACGACUACCACCAGGUACUCGUUUAUCACAAGAACAAAUGCAACAAUUGAUUCUUCAGCGACAACAAUUGUUGCAAGCACAGCGUACACAAACACAAACAAUACAGCAAACAGCACCCUAUUCUGAUUCUGAACAAACUGAUAUCCCUUCUGAAUCUAGACGUCUUACACCUCUUAAUCAACAUCAGCAACAAGUAUCCGUCCAAAAUCAUGGAUCUAGUCCUCUUAUCCCUGAACAUACACUUCAAUCUCAACAAACAUAUCCUUCUAUCCCUUAA